GUCCGCUGGCAAUUUUGUCUUCUUCCAUUCACGAUGUAAUGCCAAAUGCCAAAUGCCAAAUGCCAAAUGCCAAAUGCCAAAUGCCACUGAUGCUGUUGGUGUCACCUCUACAACCGCAUGCCAUCUACCGUCUACUGACGCAGUAAGUUCCCUCAUCUCUACAUUAUCACAUCACGUUGCUUCAAGUACUUCAAGUACGGAGAUGCAUCACUUUGCUCCUGAAACCGCUGUCACUUCUUCCACACUCGAGAAGAUCCUCAGUUGGGCCAGUAAAGUACCACGUCAGCCACCUAAGGUACCUAAUAAGGUACCUCAGGGAGGGUCACGUAGAUCCAGUGUCAAAUGAGCAUCGUCCACCACCACCAUGGCGCAAGCUGUUCACUUCUAUUCCGUACAGAGUAAGCCCCAAUAAUCAAUCCAAUCUGCAAUGCAAUUCUGCAUAGGGUUUAGCA